AUGGGCUCAUGCGCCAAUGGCGGAGGAUAUUACCAUUAUUCCUAUUCAGUAGUUCGUGGAUGUGAUCGUGUGAUCCCAGUCGACAUCUACGUUCCUGGAUGUCCUCCUUCUGCAGAGGUAAGCAUGACUGCUACUUAUCAUAUUUUAAAUAAUGAUCAUGGUUUGGAACUAGUCUUAAAAUUGCUUUAGUG